CUCGGAGCGGGCCGAGCUCGGCGGCGCAUCCCGAGCCCCCGGCCCCGCCGCGGCGCCUCCGGCCCUCCCCGCUCCCGGCGCCCUGCGAUGGACCGAGGAGCUGCCGCCCGCCCGCCGCCCGCCGCCGAGCACGCCGAGGCCAGCGCGGCCGCCGAGGGCAAUUAGCCCCUCGGCCCAUGGCCGGGGGCGGCUGCCGGCGGCUCCAGCGCACCGGCCCCCCGCCGCCCGCGGAGCGCCGCCGAGGAGGCUCCUGGCACCCGCGAGGCCCGCCGGCCCCGAGCGCUCCGGCCAUGUAGGCGCAGCCCGCCGCUCCGCCGCCCGCCGCCGCCGCCCGCCCGCCGCCAUGCGACGGGGCUUCGCGGCCGUCCUGUGUGUGCUGGCUGUGAUGGGGCUGGAGGCCGCGGCGCUGGGCGACUGCGAGAUCACCCGACUGCUGCAGGACAAGCUGCGCUACGACAUGCGCCUGCAGUACAUGAAGCACUAUUUCCCCAUCGACUACACCGUGCAGGUCCAGUACGAAGAGGUGCUGAGGCCGUCCAACAUCACCCGCCUGCGCAACGGGACGGCGUCGGAGGCAGCGCUGCGGUACCUCUGGUUCCACGUCAGCACCCAGGCGCUGCUGAGGAUCCGCGAGGUGCUGCCGGAGAAGCACCCGUCCUGGAAGUACACGCAGGAGCUGUGCCAGCUCUUCGACGCCCUGGGCAGGGAGUACAGCCAGUACCGGCAGACGGACGUGGACGUGGUGGUGGCCGACCUGGUGAAACAGGUGCACAGCGCCAGCGCGGAGAGCCGGAGGAAGGCCGUGCGCCCCAAGGCCCUGCUGGACAACUGCCUCAAGGUCAUGCGGAUGCUGUACAGCAGGACCUGUCGCUGGGACUCCACCUAACCGGGUGCUCGCCGUCGCCCGCCGCGCAGCUCGGCGCCUGCCCCCCGCCUCCCCGCGCUGCCCCCGGGACCCCGCUCCGGCGAAGACGGAGUCCGGCCACAGCGGAGGAUUGGGGGGCCGGGAGGGGGUGGGGUCCGGCUCCCACACGCUGGGGCUCGGCGCCGGUCCCUUCUCCUGGGCCGAUGCGCCCAGCAGCACCCCUGGCGCCUCGCGGCCCUUCUGCGUGGGGGCGGGCCCGGACGCAGCCACCCCGUGGGAAGGUGGCCCCAGACCAUGUUGCAAGAUGCUGCUUUGUCUUGUCUGCAGCAUAUGUGAUAUAUAUAUAUAUAUAUAUAUAUUUUAUCUCUGGUUUCCUGACAUUUUGUAUUUUUCCUCAGCUUUCAUUAAAAAAAAAAUAUAAAAUAAUAAUUUUCUUAGCGCUUGUUGCAAAUAAGCUUCCGACUGGGUCACUUAAAGGCUCAAACCUUAAUCGAAAUAAAAGCCAAGCAGACAGAAGCCCAGCUGCCUCGGCCGCCUCUUAAUUUGGGGAGUCGUUUUCCUCCCUCAGCUUUUCGGUGCGGCGGGGGAAGGACCCGUCAGAGCCCUGGCUGGUGCCUUCAGCAGCGGCUCCGUCGCGGUGCCGGUGGCCUCUUCCUCCUCCUCCUCCUGGCCUGGCCCCAGCGGCCGGGAUGCUCCUUGCUUCCUGCCAGCCCGCGCGCGGGGGCAUCGCCUGGCUCGGGGAGACGUGUCCCCUCCACCCCGGCCAGGCUUCCCAACAGCGAGCGUUAAGAGCUGCUGCUAAUUAUUUCAUUUUUAUUUUGCUACAGCUUUAAUAAUAAUAAUAAUAGUAGCAGCAAAGCAGCGCCUCCCUGCUUUCCCGUGCGAGCCGGCGCUGCUGGGUGACUCCCCGCCUGGCUACCGCUGCGUUUAGCGAGCUCCCACGGCGGCCGCCUUCAAAGCCGGUAGCGCAGAGGUGCUUUGCGCCCUGGUUUUCUUGCGCUCUGGGCCUAAGCUUGGCGCCCUCCCUGCCACCUCCCGCCCCAAGGGGCUCUUCGGGGUGCUCCUGGCGCAGCACCCGCCGGCGCCGAGCUCGGCGGGCCUGGGGUGCCCUCUGCUGACGCAUCCAUUAGUUAGGGGAAAAGCUUCGCAUAAAACAUUAUUAUUAUAUUUUUUUGGAGGGGGCAGAGGGUGGCCUUGGGGACGAUGCCCGAGCCCACGUCCUGGUGCUUUCCGGGGCGUCAUGCUGCCUGGACCCCCCCACCAUCGCCCUCCCCAGGGCCGGGGUGCCCGGCGCCUGGCCCCUGAGGCACGGUGCAUCACUCCCGAAGCGCAGCGAGGCUAUUUAUUAAUUACAGUACGACUUUUAUUAAUACUGGAAUCUUCACAGUGCAUUCGUUACUUGUAGCAGUGACUAUUUAAAUCAAGGGCUGGGUGGGAAACAGGGUAAUUGCCAUGAAGGAGGGGGGGGGGAAGAAAAAAAAAAAAGGAAAACCCCAAACCAAACCAAACCAACGACCCAAACAAGAAAAACAAAACAAAACGAAGGAAUAAAAGAAAGAAAAAGAAACGCAGACAAGGGAAUGGGAGGGAAGCAGAGGCAGAGACAGGUGCACUGAGGGGAAAAAAAUAAAUUAAAAAAAAAAGGAACCAGUUAACAACAGCACCAGAAAAGUUACUUCAGUCAAAAGACAUUUUUUUUCUUUUCCAAGGAGUUUUUUUGUUCUCUGUACAAAAUGAGAAAUAAACCCCCCAAAACCCCAAA